AUGGUCAGCGGUGGCUCGCAUGCAGACGACGACGCCUCUGAUGACGGCGAGGCAUUCCCCCCACAACGCGUCAACUGGGCUGCUAUGAGAGCAGAUGCAAGCAUGGAAGAGUAUCUACGAAAUGCACAGAUUCCCGAGUACUCGGAUGAAGAGGGCGGCAGCGGCCCUCUGGAAGACCUCGGUGACAUCUCCGCCGAGGACACCAGUGUCGAAGACGGCGAGAACCACAUCGGCCAGCAAGAAGAAGAACCCGAGUUCGAUCCUGUUGCUGCCGGCCUGAAGGAGAUCUCAAACCUGGGGAAGUUCACCGUCAGCAGCCACAAGCAGGGGAAUGGCGUUGAUCAGCUCCGGCAUGACAGCCUUAAGAGUUACUGGCAAUCCGACGGGCCUCAGCCCCACAAAUUGACCGUCUACUUCAUCAAGCGUGUCGGCAUCAGAGACAUCCGCUUCUACGUGGACUAUAACGAGGACGAGUCCUACACGCCCACCAAGAUCAUCUUCAAGUCAGGAACCAGCGAGAACAAUCUCAUUCAAUUCGCCACUAUGGAUCUGUCUGCACCUUCAGGAUGGCAGCUGGUUCCCAUCGCUGGCUCCGGCGGUGGUCCUGACGGCAACACCCUGGUGUCGUAUGUGUUCCAGAUGCAGAUACUCGAGAACCACCAGAACGGCAAAGACACGCAUCUCCGUUCUAUCAAAAUCUACGCAGCGGACACCGAUGGCGCGAAUGUCGAACGCGAACGGGACUCUAACAACGUCUCUGUACACAGCGACCUCACCAUGGAGGACGUUGCUGCGGAUGAAAGGCCAGCCGACCCCUGGGACAUUUCUGUACUUGAAGCCGGCCUUCCUAUUCCCGACUUUAUGAAAGAGCCUGAGAUUCGUCGUGCCGGAAGCCUGGUUUACGAAUUUCACGAACGAGAAAAUGCGAGGUCAGCUGAAGACCCUUUCGAGGCACAUCUAGAGCUUGUCCACAUCGAGCAAGCUCCUCCCUACGAAGCCUUGUCCUACACUUGGGGCAAGCCGACAGAACAACCGAGAGACUACAUUUGGCUCGACGGCCAUCCAUUACCCAUCAAACCAAACCUCGAAGAUGCGUUACGGUCACUGCGUUUCCCGAACCAAGCUCGGCGUCUCUGGGUUGAUGCUCUCUGCAUUGACCAGUCGAACCUGGACGAGCGCGCUCGUCAGGUUCAAUACAUGAGGCUAGUCUAUAAGAAUGCCGCCCGUGUCAUUGUUUGGCUGGGCCUCAAGACGAGUGGGACUCAUGAAGCAUUGCAAGCUGCGGAGAAGAUUGCUAGACUCAGAGAAUACACAGACCCGGUUCGCAACGGCGCGGAUAGUGCUCCGCCUGACUCGGAUACUCUUCAGGCUCUAGUCUCUAGCAUGAUGGAAGAUAUCCCUGAGUCUGCCAUGACGAAUUUGGAUGAGGUGUUCCAACGGCCGUACUUCACUCGCUGCUGGUGCGUCCAAGAGGUCGUGGUAUCGACCUGGGCCGUAGCCAAGAUUGAGGAUUUGGAGAUGUCGUUUUUCGACCUGAUCGCAUCAUCCUUAUUCCUAGUACAAUUGAAACAAGAAGUGGCGGUCAACGCACCAUGGGAGCUAUGGAACAAUAUCUUGAUGGUCCGGCAGCCCAACCAUCCAGUGUACCAGACAGAGGUGCAAGGUUCUCUGGGCGGCUUUCUGCACCUUCUGGAACUCACACGAACCUUUCAGGCGACCGAUGACCGCGACAGGAUAUUUUCUUUGCUGGGGAUCUGCGACGAGGGAAUCAAUCCUAUACUGGCUUUGACAGCGACUGCGAGUGGCCAGGUAAGCUGGCGCGGCCGCCUGGUCCGUCGCGGGUUGAAGCGAAUAUCUGAUUUCAUCAACGACUUCCACCCUCAAGGCACUUUCGGCACGCCCAAGGCGCUGAUGCCGGACUACAAGCGAGAGACAGUGGCGGUCUACUGCGACUUGGCCAGGUUUCUCCUCCGCAAGACACCGCGGGUGCUGGACGUCCUUGACCAUGUUUCGCACAACGAGGAGCCUGGGACGGGAGAGUACCCGUCUUGGGUACCUAAAUGGUUCGAGGGAAGAACGUGUCUCGUCUUUAGAGGAGUCUUCUUUACUGGAUUCUACUCGAAAGGCCGCACUGAUCCAUAUCUGGCCGAUCUGCACGAUAUUCCUGCGGUAGCUGCGCCGACGCGACCGCGGGUCCUCUCUGUCGAUGGAUACCAUGUGGACGUCGUGGAAAGGAUGAGCGAUAUAUUUGAGUUUGUCUCCGGGUCCAGGCUCGCAGGGUUUGCCGUUAUCAAGGCCUGGUUUGAUCUCUACGGCGUGCCCAUCAACCCCAGGAGGGGAACAUUAUACCGCGACGGAAGUUUGCUCGACAUGGCGUUCUGCAAGGCAGUCUUGGGCGGUUUCUUCGGGGCAUCCAUAGGAUCCAACUACUCCUCGAUGAUGCAAUAUGGCGGGUUCUCCAUGGCCUUGGACCAAAGCCUGUUUGGGUCGGUCGAAGAAAUAAAGCAGGAUACACUGGUCAAAGAUCUUUCUGAGAACUUCUUGGCCUUUACAACCUUCUUGGCCGAGUCUGGAGUCGUGCAAGAGUCGUUCGGAGACCCCGAGCGCGACAGAAAACUUGUGAGCUUCUUGGUAGGGGUCGCUGUUGCUGCCAACCACCGCCGCGUCUUUGUGACUCGAGACGGGCGCAUAGGGAUCGGCCCCAAGAUGAUGCGGCCCGGGGACGAGGUCAUCGUGUUGUUUGGCGGCCGCAUGCCUUUUGUCAGAAACACAUUCUCUGCUGCAUGGGAGACGAUAUCGGAACGAUUUGGCUGCAAGGCAAGUCAGACCCUCGGCCUAGCCCUCUUUGAGCGUUGA